UCAGCGUGCCAGCAGGAGGAACACGGGACCCGAGCGGAGCCGAGCGACACCGAGCGGGUCCGAGUGAGCGGCGCGUGUUUUUAACGGAGGAAACGUUUUCUGAAAAUGUCUAAAGUCCAAAUGCUGAGAUGUUUCGUGAACCAGCGACUAACUGCGGCUGCGCAAGAGAUAUGCGGGCUGUUUGAAAGAACGAUAGCAGAGUACGAGGAGGAACUGUCGAGUUCAAAGGAGGAGACCGAGCGGCACCGGAAGCUACUGGACGCGGUGUACUACCCGGAAGUCCAGUUACAACGAGCAGCGUUCCUUGCGAGUCUGUUCCCCUUCCAGCAGCUUCGAGGGCUGGAGGAGGCUGGUAUCAAGUUCUCAUGCUCUCCUGUAAAGAGUGAAGAUGAUGAAGAGGAAGCUCAGUCCUCUCAGCUUCAUCAAAGACAAACUGAACAGGUGGAAACAGAAGCUGACGGAGCGGAUUAUGGAGGCCCAGAACCAGACAGGACGUUAGAUCCAGAAAGUGAUUCAGGAGAUACGUCGAUCAGCUCGCCUGAAUGUGCUGCAAGCUUUGACCACAAGGGACAUCUGGAGAAACCCACGAGCUCCACAACAGGAGAGAAACCAUUUCAAUGCUCUCUUUGUGACACAAGAUUCAUAUUCAAGAGCGAACUAAAGAGACACAUGACUGUCCACACAGGAGAGAAACUAUUUCAAUGCUCCUUUUGUGAGAAAAGAUUUGUCUUCAAUAGCGAUCUAAAGAGACACAUCAUUGUCCACACGGGAGAGAAACCAUUCAGUUGUUUAGUGUGUCGUAAAACAUUUACACACAAGGGAAAUCUGAACUCUCACAUGACCGUUCACACAGGAGAGAAACCAUUUAGUUGUUCAAUUUGUGAUAAAACUUAUUCACACAAGGGGAACUUGAACAAACACAUGACCAUCCACACAGGAGAGAAACCAUUCAGUUGUUCAGUGUGUGGUAAUACAUUUAUACACAAGUGGGCCCUGAAGUCUCAUAUGACUGUCCACAAAGGAGAGAAACAGUUUAGUUGUUCCGUGUGUAGUAAAACAUUUACAUACAAGCAUGUUCUGAAACGACAUUUACUUGUCCACACGAGAGAAACAAAGUAGUCGUGUUCGCUCAACAUGAUUCUCUCGUCUCGGUUGUUCCAAAAACAGUAAAUAUAUAUUUGCGAGAGUCUCUGAAAUAAUUCUGGUUAAACAUUUAAAAACUGUCAGGCUGAUACAGACUUCAACACAAGAUUAAGCUACACAUUAGGGCUGCAACUAACGAUUAUUUUGAUAAUCGAUUAAUCUGUUGAUUAUUUUAUCGAUUAAUCGAUUAAUCGGAUAAAAAAACAAAAACACUGUAAUUUUCAACCCUUUAUUCAAAACAGGGUCCGUACGGUCAUGGAAAACCUGGAAAAGUCAUGGCAUUUUUAAAUGGCUAUUAGCAGGCCUAGAAAAGUAAUUGAAAAAAAUAAAAUCCCAAAAUAUUUGGAAAAGUAAUG